CAGUAGCACGCCCAUAGAGGUCCGAGGAAAAGGAAAUAGUUUCAUCGGAUAAGCGAACUGUCCUUAUUAGCUAGUAGCGUUAGCUGCAGAACUAAUUUAGGAAUACGCACAUAUAUUGCAAUGGACAAGCUACGUCGUGUACUAAGUGGACAAGAAGAAAAUGAGGAGUUAGGGCUUACGGCACAGGUCCUGGAUGCCUCCACGCUCAGCUACAGCACCAGGGUCAAGUGGUUCAUCAUCUGCUUCGCAGGAGGCGUCCUCUGCUCCAUACUAGGCACAGCGUUGUUAUUCCUACCCAAUGGUUCCAAGCUGUUUGCUGUGUUCUACACGUUAGGAAACCUGUCAGCAAUCUCCAGCACCUGCUUCCUGAUGGGGCCUCUGAAACAACUGAAGCGCAUGUUCGAGCCCACCAGACUGAUAGCAACCUGUGUCAUGCUGCUGUGCCUGAUCCUGACCCUCUGUGCAGUCUUCUGGUGGGGGAAAAAAGGUCUGGCCAUUAUCUUCUGUAUCCUGCAGUUCCUGGCUAUGACAUGGUACAGCAUCUCAUACAUUCCGUUUGCCAGAGAUGCAGUGAUGAAGUGCUUCACCACCUGUUUGAGUUAGUACUGCAGGAUCCAUUAGUCACAAGCCUGGUCCCAACAUGCAAACUACGACAACAGAUUAUCUGUCAAAUGUUUCUUUUCAAUUUUAUAAUAUUCUUUCCCUCCUCUGAAUCUGUGUUUUGCUACUUUACACUGUGAGGCAUUCCCUCUAGUUACUAUUCUGUCUGUAUAACAGAACACUUUACAUCAGAAUUAUUUUAGGAGUGUUUGCUUUUGGGUGUGAGAGUGUGGUGACUGCUUGAAAUUAAAAUAUUUAAGAAUGUUCCUAAUAUAUGUAAUGUCUUUCACUUUUAUAUCUGAUUUGUAAAGUGCAGGGAAAGUACGUAUUUGAACUUGUAAUACAAUGUUUGUAACACAUAAGUUCCGAAAAUACACCCAGUGCUUUAUUGUUUUUUUUUUAUUUUCUACUCAUUUUGUUAAGACAAAGUGGUAUUUUAACUUUAGUUUCCACUUUCAGAAGUGUUAGAAUUAUGAGUUGCAUUAAGUGUGAAAUCAGAAGAAUAUCCAUGGAAAACUGUACUGAUGCAGUAAACGUAUAAUUCACCCAAA